CUAGAGCGGCCGAGCUCAAGACAACCCCCCCCCCCGCGGCUGACGUCACGUCCGGUUGGCGCGGAGCGGAAGCGGAGCGGGCGGCGGCGCGCUGGGCAGAGCGCGGCCGAGGGAAGCGCGUGGAGUACUAUGGGAGACAGCGACGAUGAAUACGACCGCCGCCGGCGUGAUAAAUUCCGCCGGGAACGCAGCGACUACGAUCGCUCCCGGGAACGCGACGAGCGCCGCCGCGAUGAUUGGAGUGACCGGGAUUGGGAUCGCGGGCGGGAACGGCGCAGCCGGGGCGAGUACCGGGACUACGACCGGACGCGGCGGGAGCGCUUUUCACCCCCCCGGCAUGAGCUGAGCCCCCCUCAGAAACGUUUGCGCCGUGAUUGGGAUGAGCACAGCGGGGAUCCCUAUCACAGCAGCUACGAUCUCCCCUAUAGUGGGGGGGGCGCGGGCCCCACCUAUGGCCCCCCCCAGCCCUGGGGGCACCCCGAGAUGCACGUCAUGCAGCACCACAUCCUGCCCAUCCAGGCCAGCAGACUGGGUAACAUCGCGGAGGUGGAUCUGGGCAUGGCCCCCCCGGUGAUGAAGAGCUUCAAGGAAUUUCUGCUCUCGCUGGACGACGCCGUGGACGAAACGGAAGCGGUGAAACGCUAUAACGACUACAAACUGGAUUUCCGGCGGCAGCAGAUGCAGGAAUUCUUCUUGGCGCACAAAGACGAGGAGUGGUUCCGUUCCAAGUACCACCCGGACGAGGCGGGGAGGCGGAAGCAGGAGGCGCAGGCGGCGCUGCGCAACCGCCUCAACGUCUUCCUGUACCUCUCGGACAACGGAUGGUUCGAUAACCUCCUCCUCGACAUCGACCGAGCGCCCGCCAUCGUCAAAACCCUCGACGCAGCCGUCAUUAAGAUGGAGGGCGGUUCGGAGCACGAUCUGCGCAUUCUGGAUCAGGAGGAGGAGGACGAGCGCUCCGACAAGGCCGACGCCGCCAAGAAGGACGAGGCGCGACCCCCCGACCCCGAGCGCCCCACGCCCGACCCCGCAGACCCCCCCGCCAAGGGUGAAGGAGAGGCUCCGGGUGAGGAGAAGACGCGGAAAGGACCGGAAGAAGAGGAAGAGGAGAAGGAGGAGAAGGACAAAGGACGCAAAGAGGAGGACGACGAAGAGAAAGAGGCCAAGAAGCAGGCGGGCUCGAAGCGGCAGCGCCCUCGCAGUGGGGACGACAGCGACGACGAAGGCAGCGGCUCCGACUCCGAGAGCGAAGCCGAGCGCGGGCGGCGCGACGACAAGGAAGAGGAAAAAGAGAAGGAGGAGAAACUCCGUGAGGACGAGGGGGGAACGGCGAUGGCGAAAGCGAAGGAAAAAGAAGGGGGGACCGGGGGGGACCCCAAACCUCGACCCCUCCACAAGACCUGUUCGCUGUUCAUGCGCAACAUCGCCCCCAAUAUCUCUCAGGCCGAGAUCGUGGCGCUCUGUAAGCGCUACCCGGGGUUCAUGCGAGUGGCUCUGUCGGAUCCUCAGCCGGAGAGGAGGUUCUUCCGUCGCGGUUGGGUGACGUUCGACCGCAGCGUCAACAUCAAAGAGAUCUGUUGGAGCCUCCAGAACAUCCGCCUCCGCGACUGUGAGCUCAGUCCCGGCGUCAAUCGGGAUCUGACGCGACGCGUCCGGAACGUUUCGGGAUUGACGCAACACCGUCCGCUCGUCCGCAAUGACAUCAAACUGGCGGCGCGCCUCGUCCACACCCUCGACGCCCGCGCUCGACUUUGGGGACCCCCCGAACCCCCCGAACGACCCCCCGGCGCCGACGCAACCCCCGACAACCCCGGCGCCACCGCGGAAGCUCCGUGGCAGAACCCGGUGUUGAAACCCAUCACCGAGUACCUCAUCGAAGAGGUCAACGCUGAAGAAGAGGAGUUGUUGGGUCGCACUGAGCCCGAGGAGGGCCCGAGUCCCACCAACCCGGCCGAGGUCACCGUCGAGCGCGACGAGAAGCUCCUCAAGGUCCUGGACCGUCUCCUCCUCUAUCUCCGCAUCGUCCACUCGGUGGAUUACUACAACGCCUGCGAAUAUCCCAGCGAGGACGAAAUGCCGAAUCGCUGCGGAAUCCUCCACGUGAGGGGCCCUCUGCCCCCCAACCGCGUCAGCCACGGCGAGGUGCUGGAGUGGCAGAAGAGCUUCGAGGAGCGCCUGGGGCCGCUCCUGGCGGGUCGCGAAGCGCUCCCCGAGGAGGAGGCGACGCGGUUGGGCCGCAAAGACCCCGAACAGGAACUGGAGAAGUUCGUCACCGCCAACACGCAGGAACUCGGCAAAGACAAAUGGCUCUGUCCCCUCAGCGGCAAGAAGUUCAAGGGUCCGGAAUUCGUACGCAAACACAUCUUUAACAAACACGCGGAGAAGAUGGCGGCCGUGCGCAAAGAGGUCCUCUUCUUCAACAACUUCUUGAUGGACCCCAAACGUCCGGCGCUGCCCGAGGGAAAAGGGGGACCCCCCCAGGGACCCGGCCAGGGCCUCACCCCCGGGCUGCCGUACCCCCCCCAGACGCCGCAGGGGUUGAUGCCGUAUGGGCAGCCCCGACCCCCCAUGUUGGGCUACACAGGUGGUCCCCCUUAUCCCCCCGGUCCGUACGGCGCCGGACGCGGCUACGAGAGCUUCCGCGGACAGGGGGGGGGUUACCUCGGCAAACCCCGCAGCAGGAUGGUUCGGGGCGACCCUCGCGCCAUUGUGGAGUAUCGCGAUCUCGACGCCCCCGAAGACGUUGAUUUCUUCUGAAGAGGUGUUCAGGGGGGACACCCCAAAAAUUAACACAAUUCUCCCCCUCUCUCCGUGGGGACCCCCAAAAACCGCCCCCC